AUGGGCUUUAAGAAGUUCUUUGGAAUCAGACCACCUGAGGAAGACACGCCUGAAAGGAACCGAGACUUACUGACGGAAGAGGGCAUUGCUACGAAGAACCCAAACUCCUUCAGGAAGGAGAAGUUUGCGGCAUACGGCAAGUUUGCAGCUGCUAAUGCACAAGAUCAUGUGUAUGCGCCAGCGGGAUACGAACAAUAUGCCAGGCCUGGGGCUGGCGCAGACAAAGAUGAGCUAGAAUCGCUCAAUAGGGCGGCUACCGAUGCAGGCGAUAUUGGAAAUACUUCCCGGGUUGGGCAGCCCCAACAGCGUGAUCCGUAUGCUGUGAAUGACAACUAUAACCCAUACGCAAACGGCACUGCGAGGGACCCAUACGCAACUGCGCAGCCGUACGCUCGUCAAGCACCAGUUCGCCAGGCGGGCCCACGCCAUGCUGCAGGCACCCCUUACGGUAGUGCGGCAGUCCCCCAAGGGGGGCCAGGUAAUCCAUAUGGUGGUUCCACCGCCGGUGCUGGCACAGGCCGGAAUCCGUAUCAGAAGAACAUGAAUGCCACUGUGUACCCGCCUGCCGCCGGUAAAACUGCGAAUCCGUACGCAUCUAUGGCCCAGGAUCCAUACGGCAAGGGUGAGCAACGUGGAAUAGCGGGCGGUCCGGUCGCUAUGCCUGUUCCUAUGCAACCAAGACCACAGGCUGCCGCCGAGACACCAAGGCCGCAGGCUGCCGCCGAGAAACGUGCACCUGCUGUCGACGUCGAUGAUUUGAACGCUGUUAUUGAACCAACCAACGAAGAUGACGAUUUAAAUAACUCUAUCCAUGAGGGGAAUGAGGGGUUAAAUGGUCAGGGUCAAGCACCACGCCGAGGGUUUCAAACAUUCGAAGAACUUCAACGUGAACAAGAGAUGAAGCAGCAAAUGGAAGAGGACGAGGAAGUUGAUGAAAUCAAGCAGCAGAUCCGGUUUACCAAGCAGAGCUCCGUUGCAUCGACGAGAAACACGCUCAAAAUGGCGCAGGAUGCUGAAUUGGCGGGGAUGAAUUCGUUGGGGAUGCUAGGCCACCAGAGCGAGAAACUCAACAAUGUCGAGCGCAACUUGAAUCUGAUGAAAGUCCAGAACAGGGUGGCUGAGGAUAAGGUGGCAGAGCUAAAGCGUUUGAAUCGGAAUAUUUUGGCCGUUCAUGUUGGCAACCCCUUCACAAGUAAGCGUAAAGUAAGAGAAGCGGAGGAGCGCAUCAAAAAUCAACGCAUGCAGGACAAAAUGCAGCAGGAGGAGACCACUACGCAGCUUAUGAGCUCUACUAACCGGAUUGAGAACGCUUUGAAUGACGAGAGACACAGUGUUCGUGAACGCUACCAAAGAGAUCAGGCAUUGGAGCGUGCCAAAAAAUAUCAGUUUGAGAAUGAUGAGGAAGAUGACGAGAUGGAAUUUGAAAUAGACCGCAAUCUAGACAAGAUCGGUCAGGUCAGCGGCAGGCUCAAAAAGCUUGCUAUCGCAGCAGGUCAGGAGAUAGAUUCGCAGCAGUCUCGGAUAAAGCGCAUCGAGGAAGAUGCGGAUGAUAUGGAUAUCCGCAUCCACCUGAACACCUCCCGCUUGACAAACAUUAGGUAG